GGGUGGCGAGCAAAAUGCAAUUAAUUGGAAUUUUAUUUAGCGCGCUGCUGCUGCUCGCUGCUUGGGGCGUGGCUGCGCCCAUAGGCGAGCAUGUGGAUCAUGCGGGCUGCAUACGUGUAACGGUAAUCAAACAGCAGGCGGCGGCAACAACAACAACGACCACAACGACGACAACAACAACAACAAGAGCGCCAACAGUAGCGCCAGGCUAAGGCAGCAAAAGUUUAAGUUUGAAUAAAGAUCAGUGCAUACUUUUAAGCGCUGACUGCAAA